GGGGAAAAGGAAAGAUGAGUCAGGAAGAUGAGGUCACCUAUGCGGAUCUGAAAUUUCCUCCCAGAUUGCAGCAAACAGAUGUGAAGAAAGCAGAAUCAAAGCCCCCUGCCCAGAAGACAUCUCUGUGGGUUCAGCUAGCAAUAAUGGUGAUUCUCUGUGUGCUGUUCCUGGUGGCGCUAAUUUCCCUGAGUAUCCUAUAUUCCCGGCUCCUGGCUGGCAACACACAGCUUCUAGAGGAAUCCAAGCAAGCCAAGGGCAAAAUGGAGCAAGUGGAAGGGAGAUACUCCCAGUUACUGCAGUGGACGUUACACACACACAUCUGCGCCUUGGAGUCCCCGUCCUCCAACACCUCAGAGGCCCUCAACAUCAGCUGUUCCUUGUGCCCCGGCCAAUGGGUUUCAAACAAAGGACAAUGCUACUACUUUUCUCCAAAUAAGUUAUCAUGGAAUGACAGCAGGAGCGGCUGCCAGAGGGAACAGGCUGAUCUAGUGAUCAUUAAUGAUGUGGAGGAACAGGUCUUUCUCAGCCAGUGGCAAAGGCAGUUGUGUUAUUGGAUUGGCCUGACAGAUGUGGCCGAAGAAGGCUUGUGGAAGUGGGUGGAUGGCACUGACUUAAACCAAGCGAAAUUUUGGUACUAUCCCCAGCCAGAUGACCAUCAGAAUGAGGACUGUGCAUCUCUGACAAAUGAUACCCCCUUGCCGCGUAACUGGAAUGAUGACAAGUGCAACAAACCUUUCCACUACAUCUGUGAAAAGCCAGCGGACACUCUCACCAUCCAAGCUUCCUCUGACUGGGAAAAUCUUGUUCAUUGUGGCCAAUGACGCAGAGUCCCAGAAUGCCACUGGGCUCCUCCUGAGCCUGUUAAUCUCCUGCUGGCCAAACACCCAGUAGAGGGUGCUGAGGACUCACCUUUGCAGGUGGCUUGGCAGAAGCCACAGGUUGUCCAGUCCCAUUUUCCAAAGGGUAUUUUUGCCCAGAUCCACACAAGAACUUAGGUGCUUAGCUCCUAAGUCUAGGCACCGCUGAGAUCCACAAAACCCCUGCUUAGCUGUGGCCUAACCUUGAAGGCACCUAAAUUAACUUGGCAUCUAAACUUUUGCUCUAAAAAUCCCUCUAGAAUCCUACGUUUUCUACCUUUGGGCACAGAGCAGGUGUAGGUAGGUGUAAUGGAAGGCUAAACUGUAUUAUAGGGUUCAGUCACUCAGUGAUACCGUGUGUGUAACGCUUAUUGAAGCUAAUCUCAGCCCUACUUGGCAGUUCAUCAACGAUCUUGUAGUGAACACGGCUGGUGUGAUCUCUCUGUGAAGGCAGCUCUAAAGCCAGUGAUAGAAUCUCAGGGUUGGAAGGGACCUCAGGAGGUGUCUAGUCCAACCCCGUGCUCAAAGCAGGGCCAAUCCCCAA